AUUUCCAACCAAAUACACACUCCACCCUUCUCUCUCCUUUUACCUCCCAACACUUCACUCACUCACACACACACACACAAUACAUACAUUGAUACAUACAUACAUACAUACAUAUCACCAACAAAAUGUUUAGAUACAUAUAGCAACAAUCUUCAAUAGAUUUUUUUCCCCCAAAUUCUCCUUUCUUACCUUCUUUUGUUUUUCUUUUUAAGUUAAAUUUGUAUAAUAUUGUGGAAGAAGAUGUUGGGUGACCUCCUUAUAAAUAGUCUUGUGUUGAUACUUGGAUAUGCAUAUCCAGCAUUUGAGUGUUUUAAGACCAUUGAGAAGCAUAGUGCAGCUAAUUCAGAAUUAAGAUUUUGGUGUCAAUAUUGGGUGAUCAUCGCAAUUCUUACAGUUUUUGAAAGAAUCGGCAAUAUAUUCAUUUCAUGGGUACCAAUGUAUGGAGAGUUGAAGCUAGCCCUUAUUAUCUACUUAUGGUAUCCUAAAACUAAGGGAACAGGGUAUGUAUAUAAUGCCAUGUUGAGGCCUUUUAUUGCUCGACAUGAGACUGAUAUAGAAAGAAGUUUAAGGGAAAUGAGAGCAAAAGCGUGGGAUGUGGCAAUAUACUAUUGGCACAAUUCCUCAGAGUUGGGACAGACUAGAAUUUUUGAAAUCUUCCGGUUAUUGGCUUCAAACCCUUCGAGACCAAGAUCUGAGGUGUUGCAUAAUUAUCAAAAUGAAAGACGCCCUCCACCACCUCCACCGCCACCACCACCUACUCCUCCCCCGGCUACCCCACCAGUAGUACCGCGACAAGAUCAUGUCGAAGAUACAUGGGUGCCAACUGCUCCCCCAAUGCCAAGCAUUAGUCACCGCCAACCGGUCUACCCCGAGGAGCUACAUGUACCGGAAUCACCAAGUGGAUCCAGAUCAAAUUCAGGUCAAAGAGAACCCGUCUGGCUAAGGUUCAAAAAAUCGAGGGGUCUAUAAGUUGUUCACUAAAUCAUCACUAGCUAGAAUCAUGUAAUUUUUGUUGUAUCUAUGUCAAACUAAUAAUUAGGGAUCUAGUUUUUGAUAGUUCAAGUAACAAUGAAGUCAUUUAACUUUCAUAACUAAGUAUGCAAUAACAUAAUGCGUAAAUUAAUUAGCA